AUGGUAUCUUUACGCCCCUUGUCCCGUUCUCUCCCUAUCGCUUCCCGAGCUGCCCUCUUUUCAACUUGUUCCGCUGCCUCAGCUCGUCCUGCUUCACUUCGAGCUGCCGGUUUCGCCAACAAGCUGUCUACGUCACCUCUGUCUUCUGCGAAGCCACGCUUCCUGCCAUCAUCGAUGCGUGCGCUGACAACCGCGCGUGAAAAGGUCAAAGUUCUCCUCUGUACCUACGACGGCGGCCAGCACGCCAAGGAUGUUCCUGAACUUCUUGGUACGACUGAGAAUGAACUUGGCCUUAGGAAAUGGCUCGAGGACCAGGGCCACACUCUCGUCACCACAUCAGACAAGGAGGGUGUCGAUUCCAAGUUCGAGCAGGAACUUGUAGAUGCCGAAGUUAUCAUUACCACGCCCUUCCACCCUGGCUACCUGAAAAAAGAUCGCCUUCCCAAGGCUAAGAAGCUGAAGCUCGCUAUCACUGCGGGUAUCGGCUCAGACCACGUCGACCUUGACCUUGCCAACAAGACUAAUGGCGGUAUUACGGUCGCCGAAGUCACUGGCAGUAAUGUCGUCUCUGUUGCUGAGCACGUUGUUAUGACCAUCUUGGUAUUGAUUCGAAACUUUGUCCCCGCCCACGAGCAGGUGGAGCGAGGUGACUGGGAUGUUGCGGCCGUCGCCAAGCAGGAAUAUGACCUGGAGAACAAGGUCGUUGGUACCCUUGGUGUCGGUCGUAUCGGCGAGCGCGUUUUGCGACGACUCAAACCGUUUAACUGCAAGCUCCUUUACCACGACUACCAGCCUCUGAGCACUGAGAAGGCGGAAGAACUCGGCUGCUCAUACCUCAUCAACACUGCCCGUGGCGGUAUUAUUGUGGCAAAAGACGUCGCCGCGGCCCUCGAGUCUGGCCACCUAGCCGGUUACGGCGGUGAUGUGUGGUACCCUCAGCCCGCCGCCCCGAACCACCCACUGCGAACCGCCAAGAACCCGUUUGGAGGUGGCAACGCCAUGGUCCCCCACAUGUCUGGAACUUCGCUUGAUGCUCAGAAGCGCUAUGCCGAGGGUACCAAGGCUAUUCUUCAAAGCUACUUGAGCGGCAAGCAUGACUACCGUCCCGAGGACUUGAUUGUUCACAAGGGCAGCUAUGCCACCAGAGCCUACGGCAAUGACAAGAAAACAUCUUGA